UGGCGCACCGAACUUGUAAACUGCGUAUGCCGAACUGACGUUUUUGGUUAUUUUUGUUCUCACCUCGUGUUUACUUUAGUGUCUAAUUUCGGUCCUAUUGCGAAAAUUCUGUUGUGCAACAACCGAAAGGUUAAUAUUUCGGUCAUAGACGGCAUUAUCAUACGGAAUAGUAUCGAUCCGUAGUUCCUGACUAGGUAUAUGUAUACAGUUCUAUCACGUGGUGGUGUGGUGGUUUAUAUAAUUCUUGUUUACCGCACAAGUCGAAACUUUGCGCAUGUGCGUCCCGUCUGUAACCUCAAAUUGUAGAGUAGGCACGGAUUCGGCAGGUUCCGGAUAUCCGGGUCGGGACGCAGAGGUGGCGGUAUUGGCGGUUCUCUCGGUUGGUUUGUGAUGUGCCCUCGUGCUAGGCGUUCACGCCCCGCAAGACAGUGUUGGUGAUACGAUACGCGCGCGCCUGACAUGGCUCAGACUCAGUUCACGCGAAGCUCUGAGAGCGACGCAUGGGCGCUUCUGUCCCUGAAGUCGGCGCCUCCGUCGCCGUCCAAAGUGCAGUGGGCACAGGAGCCGGCGCCGAUAGCGAUCGCACGCCUGGACGGCCGGGACUUCGAGUACUUCAUCCGGCAGAAGCGCGUCGUGAUCGGGCGCAACUCGAGUCGUGGUCAAGUGGAUGUGAACAUGGGACAUAGUAGUUUCAUAUCGCGUCGUCAUUUGGAGCUGUUUUACGACCAUCCGGAGUUCUAUCUGACGUGCAAUAGCAAGAAUGGAGUGCUGGUGGACGGCGUGUUCCAGAGGAAGGGCUCCGCUGCCAUGCUGCUCCCUAAGAGAUGCACCCUGCGAUUCCCCUCGACGAACAUACGCCUGGAGUUCCAGUCACUGGUGGAAGAGAGCGGCGAGGGCGGAGCGACCGGGCCUCCGCUGCCGCCCCUCAGGAUCACCAUACCUAUGGAGAAUGACGGCCGAAGCCCUGCGCCCUCACCUACCGGAACAAUAAGCGCGGCCAACAGUUGUCCGACGUCGCCGCGCGGCGCCGGUUCGUCGGGUCGUCGUCACGCGGACCUGGGCCUGGUGGCCCAGUACGCUGCCCUGGCCGAUCAUCAGCGACCUUCGUCGAAUGGGACCGCUGUGUCGUCGACGACCUCAGAGUCGGGCUACGGCAGCACGCGGGGCUCCAACGAAGCCCGCGACGACGCGAAGCCCCCGUACAGCUACGCACAGCUCAUCGUGCAAGCGGUGGCCUCCGCGCCGGACAAGCAGCUCACGCUCAGCGGCAUCUACAGCUAUAUCACUAAGCACUACCCGUACUAUCGCACGGCCGAUAAGGGCUGGCAGAAUUCCAUUCGUCACAAUUUGUCUCUCAACAGAUACUUCAUCAAAGUGCCGCGCAGCCAGGAGGAGCCGGGCAAGGGCAGCUUCUGGCGCAUCGACCCGCAGUCCGAGGGCAAGCUCAUAGAGCAGGCCUUCCGCCAGCGCCGCCCGCGCGGCGUGCAGUUCCGCGCGCCCUUCGGCCUCUCCUCCAGGAGCGCGCCGACGUCGCCGUCUCAAGUGGGGGUGUCGGGGCUGGUGACGCCCGAGGAGCUGUCGCGGGAGCCCACGCCCGACCUGCUGUCCGGGGACGACCAUGAGAACCAGGGCACACAGGGUGGACAGGGUGGACAGGGCACGCAGCAGCAGCGGCUGGGCAGCGCGCCGCCGCAGUAUCACCUGUUCCCGCAGCGCAGCGGCGUCUCGCAGAGCGCGCCCGGCUCGCCCGGCCCCGGCCUACAGUACAGCCCGGGGCUGGCGGUGGCGGGCCACCAGAUCACGGUGGUCACCAACGGCGCGGGCGGCGAGCGGGAAGAGAAGUACGUGGUGGGCACAAGUUCUGUGGGUAACCUGGUGUCCAUUCAGGAGGAAGAGCCCUCCAACGUCGUCAUACAGCACUCGCCUUACUACGGCGGGUCGUACGGCGCGCAGUCUCCGGAGCCCGCGCAGCCGCCGCACAAGCGGCCGCGGACACACCAGGUGUCGGAGUUAGAAGAGCGACGCGCAUAUUGACGGCCCGCGCCUUCGCUCGCGUGAGACGGCGGCGCUCUGCGCAGUGCGAGUGACCGCGGUGUAGUGACCAUAGUGCGGAGAGUGAAGCGAGUGACGUGAACUUUGUGCGGGGAACUGACUGGUUCCUCCCGAACGGAAGCAAUAAUAUGGUAAGGACUCGAGUGUUGGCCCCGAAAAACUACGACGAUUUUCGGUUUUUAUUACAAUAAGAAGUAGUGCGUAUUUUUUUCGUUUAUUUUUAAGUUACUCGCGAAGGAUGUCGCGGGCUAGACUAAAGAGCUUUGACAAAAUGAUUUCUUUUUAAUUAUGCUCACAGUGCUGCCGGUUUCAUUCAUUGUUUUAUACAGACUCGGUAGGUUUUAAUUUGUUUUCGAGUGCAAUGCAAAUAUUAGACAAUUUUAAUGGAAAUGCUUAAAUGUAUGUACAGGUUAGUGCCGUGCGCUUUUUAAUUGUUUCGGAGUUAGUGUUUUUUUUUAACAGAAUAAAACGUGCGUGAAGCUGGCACGACACGAUUUCGAUGAUACCAAGUGCAAUGGUAAUUGUGUAAUUUAUUUAGUAUAAGUGACUUACUGACUGGCCACGAGCGCACAGGGAGUCGUAUUCCCCGAUGUAGACACGCGUUAGUUUCAAUACGAUAAAAUAAAUAUAUAUUUUUGACGGUUUCCCCAAACUGUCAUGUUAGGUAUUGACGCGAUUAGAUAGUUUGUUUAAUGAGAUGAUUUAUGUGUAUAAGUGGAAUCGAGGCGCGUCGCUAGUGAAAAUGAAAUGUAUUCGAUUAUAUUGCGCGUCUGGCGUGGCCGGCCGCGAUCACCUUCGUUACUUAUCUGUUAAUGUACAGGUUACUAAUUAAAUUAACCAUAAUACAUGUUUCUCAGCGAAACGAAUCUUUAAACAUAUUUAUUGUAAAUCUUAAUGGGCUGAAAUUAGAUUUUAGUCCUUUAUUUUACACAUACGUGUAUUUGGUGUAAUGAUGGGUCAUAUUUUAAUUAUUUUUUUUUGUAAGUAAAAAAAUAUAUUAAACUUCGCUAUUUCGUUCUAAGAGUAAUUUAGGACGUGUGUUAUUUUUUUUGUUUUACAAAAAAUGCAUUAUCCAGUAUAUGUAUAAUAUUGUAAGAGAAGUUUCAGAAUAUAGUAUCAGAAUAUAGAAGUACAAUUAAUGUUAUCUAAGGCCCGUUUCAUAUUUUAUCUAUUGAUCCUAUGCACGACCCUAUAAAGUAUAUCAUUGCUUAAAUAUUCAGUGUUCUAAGUUUCUGUAGAGGAUAGAAUUGAAGAAUAAAGGAAUACUAAAAA